UUGGAUAGAAUACGAUACUUUUAGAAACAUUGAAGAAGUAGGUAGAGGUGGAUUUUCCGUAGUGUAUAAAACAUCAUAUAAAAGACAAUAUGAAACGUAUGAAGAUGUUGCAAUCAAGAUAAUAAAAGAUUCGCAUAAAAAUAAUCAACUCUUUUUAAACGAGUUAAAGGCGUAUCAUGAGCUUGGGAAUUAUUUUGGCAUAUCAAUGGAUAAAAAUAGCGGAGAUUUUAUUUUAGUGUUAAAUUACGCAGAAUUUGGAUCAUUACGUGAAAAUCUUGUUGAUAUAUUUAAAUUGGAGUGGAAAGUUAAACUAAAAUUAUUAUGCGAUAUCAUUAAUGAUUUAUCAAAUAUUCAUUCUAAAAACUUUAUACAUCGAAAUUUACAUCCUGGUAAUAUUUUACUAAAAGGACAAUAUGAAGCUUAUAUUGAUUUAGGUUCAUCAAUAUCGGUUGAUGAAAAACAGAAUGGUAUUAUUUAUGGAGUUUUACCAUAUUUAGCACCUGAAAAAUAUAACAGGUCAAAUAAAUUGGAAAAUAUCCAGAAAACAAAUAACAAAAAACUGAUAUCAUAA